AUGUCCGGGAGUAUGCUGGGAGGCCUCCUGGGCCACGGCAUCGACCUUGGACAAUUGGUCAAGACGGAUGGGACCGACCUUUUUUCGGGAUACGCUAACGUGGCGCGUGAUCGGCUGCCGAAAAUCGCCGACUCGGUUGCUGGUGCGUUUGGACGUGUACUGGACAUUUUCGACCGUCCGACCAACUUGCGCAAGCCCGAGUUCGACACUGCUGCUCCGAAGCCCUCCCAACAGGCCGAGCUCGCCGAUGCCCAUCGCGACUUAGAUGUCGAGAUCAAAGAGGUGUCAAAGCCCAAGAUAAACGAGACCUUGCACGUCGACUAUCUGACUGACAUGACUAGAGAGCAGUUCAAUGCAACUCAGGAUACGAAGGCAUGCAGCGACGGCGACAAGGAUGCCGCACCCCGCAUCGAAAGAAAGCGCCCGGUAACCUCUGCUUCACCAUGCGACGCUGAGGCACGCCUAUGUUCGUCAUGCUACCUGUCUCUCGCCACAGUUCGCUGCGACUCGUGCGUGAUGCACUUUUGUGCCGUAUGCGCUGUGGAGCGUCACGCUGAGGGGAUCCAACAGAGCCACAAGCUUGUCACUGCGACAUCGGGCAAAGAAGCGCGUCUCAACGCGUCAGACGCACUAUCGGGCAAGUUUUCGUAUGGGCAGAUGGCUGCCGGGGCUUCUGGCAGUCUCGCGGGCAACUUUUCAAAGGAUCUCAGCAUCGACAUCCGCUCCGGCGAAUCCGCCUACCCGGCCUACGACUCAUGCGCCAUUCACCGUGGCAGGCCGCUGAGGCUCGCAUGCGUGCAGUGCCAUCUGCUGCCGGUGUGUGACGUGUGUGCCAGCGAGGCUCACUCCGACGGUAAGCACAAGGUCGUGGAGAUCGAGUAUGCCGUCGCCGAGGUGAAGGAGCUCCUCGGGGAAUGCCUCGGCGCGGUGGUUCGUCGUCACAACGAUCUAUCCGUCGUGUUGCCUGAAUUGCAGCAGUUAUCUGAUGCGUCGAGUGCUGGGCUUAAGAAUGCGACGCGGUCCAUUCGCAGCGGACUGGAGCGUGCGCUGGAUGCCCUGAAGCUGAAGCGGUCGCUCGGCACGCAGGACAUCCGUAACAUGCAGCAGGUCGGAUCGUCUGCUCUCAAUCGCAUGAUGCACGCCAGCGGGGUGCUCAAUCGCUACCUCCGUGGUUGUCUAUCCCAGCUGGAGGCGAUCAACCGCGUGCAAAAUCCCGGCAUGGCACUCAACAUGUACGUCGAGCUCCGCUCCAACUUCGAGAAGCUGCUGUUCACCGACGAGGAGAUACCUGACCUCGUGCUCGAGGUGCCGCACUGGCACCUCCACUGCGGCAACUUGCCCAAUCUGCUUUCGGAAUACGAGGCUAGGAUAAACAUGAACCUUUCCCAGAUAGCUUCACUGACUUCCACGCUACGCAAAUACGUGCGCGAAACGGUAACGAGCAUCGAAGAAGCAUCGACUGGCGCCACUACAGCUCGGCCGCAACAGCCGCCGUGUCCUCCGCGCCGCCAAUCCGAACGUCGCACCCGCACUCCAGGCUUUGUGACAUUGGCAGACGGUGUCCAGAACACCCUCGACAUAGUGACGCAUGCCGAGUUGAAGGCGUUGUUCCUCCGUCGCGACUCUCAACGGUGCUCCUGGCGUCAACGUGCCGUGUACCUCUGCGGCCGUAGGCUGUUCGUGUUGGAAAGCGACUUAUUCGCGGACGACGUGCCAGUGGAAUCGAGCGUCGACCUCGGCGCGGUAACGGUUCGCAGCUUCGCAGACGACGAUGCCAUGGACGUCACCAAGCUCCAGCGCAUGGGCCACCCCAACGGCUUCGAGAUCACGGAGCGGAAGGGACGUUCGCUGCGGUAUUGGCUGUUUACCUGCGAGUCGGAGAAGACCGUGCAAUUGUGGUUCUCUCGACUGAGACAGCUGUCUGAGUACUUCAAGGCCGAGAGGCAAUCGGAAAGUUCUAGCAUUACUGAUGUGGAGACUGUUGACCCCGUUCCGGAGAAUGUGGCCGACGUUGCCGCCAGCCUGCAGAACUUACACCUGGCUAACUUCAAUGCCCCAACCAGCGGUUUAGCUGCUGACCCCGAGGGCGAGCGCAAAACGUGUGAGCAGACACAUGACCCCGAUUACUUCUACAACGACAGCAACUUCAAGCUGGUCGCGGAGUCGCUCCGAAAAAUCAAGGAAGAAUCUCGCUCAUUGUAUGACAAGUGCUUCAAGGAGGAUCGCGAAGCCAAGAAAGCCAGCUGGAAAGUAGAGCCUGUGAGCAUCCAUUCCGCCGCUCUCCCAUACAGCGUGUCGGCGAGCGUGGCAGACGGGCUCUCCGUCGACGGCGGCUCGUCUAGGGACUCACAAUUAGCGCCAGAAAGUGUGUCGUCAGAUCGCUACGCGAUGCCUGACGUGCCUAUGCGGCGCCAUCGCAGCCGUGCUGCUCAGACAAACGUCUUUUCGGGCAGGGACGUGCAACUGCAUGAGGCAGUGCCGGCGUUCAAGUACUCGCCUGAAGUCAGAUCGCCGCGCAGCAUACACAAGUUCUUCCAGGAGCUCGCGCGGCGCGUGCGCCGGGAAGACGGUUGCGAUACCCUCGACCGCGACUGA